GAAAAGGUGCUAAACUGUCAGUAUCGAGAAAAUAAAGGCUUUUUGACACAGAUUUUAAGAUUUUAUUAUUGUGGACUUAACAAUGCCUCACAAGUUGUGCCUUUUCUUGUUAAGUAUCAUCCCCGGUUGCAGUAAAUGGAGCCUAAUAAGAGAUUGUACACGCGUCUUCAUAUUCUAUGUAUCAUUGAUAACCCUAAUUGUAUUCACUACCACGCUCCUAUGUGUUGAUUCAGAGCUUUGGAAAGUAGUAUCUAUUACGAAUGUGUGCUUCUUUUCAUUGGUGCUUCUCGCCCUGCUUUCAGAGGGAUUGAGGCUCUAUAUUAGUGAUAGGAAAAAGAAAUCAAAGAACCGAAAAUUAGUAACUGAUGCUACGAAACGGGGAUUGAUAAGCAGAAGUGGCUUGGAAUCAGUUGUUGAUUAUUCGAACUUGGAUGAUAGGAAAAAGAAAUCAAAGAACCUGGAAUUGGUAACUGAUACUACGAAACAGGGAUUGAUAAGAAGAAACAGCUUGGAGUCAAUUAUUGAUUAUUCAAACUUGAAUGAACUUGAAGAACCCUCAUGUAGUACUAGUUCUCCAGUUCCAAACAUAGAUUUAAAUACUGUCUAUGAAAAUUGGCCAUAUUACUUUCUAGCUAAAAAAAUGGUAACAAAAUAUGGUGUAUUAAAAGGAGUUUGGAAAGACGGGGCAUUUAAAGGGAAACUGAAAAAGAAGCCAAAGAAACGACGUGUCUGCGCCGAGUAUGUUAAAACACCUGAUAAACAUUUAAAGACUAAAACUGAUUCGUCUCUUCCUUAUAUGUAUGAGGCACCGGAAUAUAAAGGCGAAAGCACUGAAAGUGCUAUUGAAAUAGAUGAUUAUUCCUCAGAAGCCAUAUGCAUAGAAUUAUCCAGUGACAGUGGCUCAGAUAUGGACAAAAAUGAAUCGGUUCAGCCUGAAGGAGACAUUUUCUUCGAAGAUUUCGUAGAAGAUGACAAAUACAAAGGAGAUAAAGGUAAAAUGUCUACUUCUUCCAAGUUCUUAUAUAAGAAACGUGCUCACGCCGAUACUGGUCCUUCAAGCAGGGACCAAGAUGCUGAUGCCGGUGCUUCAGGUGAAAACUGUACUGAAGUAAAGCCAGGUGCUGAUCCUAGAAAAGAAAGUAAUCCAAGUGAAGAUGAUUUAGAUACCAGCUCUGUGAAGCAACAAAAUCCUGAAAAGCUUUAAACAAGAAUUUUAAUGCAUCCUAAAAUAUUGCAAUACUGUGGUGAUUUAAAAUACAGAUACCGAAGCAAAAUCUUUAAAUCGAAGAAUAUUUCUUAAAUUUCUUCUGGAUAUAAACUUUUUUAUAUGAUUUAGAAGGUUACGAUUUUAACGUCUUUAUCUCUUAAAGCAAAAUGAUUUUUGAAUCUUUAUCAAAGAUAUUUUAACGUCUUUAUCUCUUAAAGCAAAUUUUUUCAAUCUUUAUCAACGUUAUUUUAAAGUGUUUUAUACGUAAUUGUAUUUCGUAAGGUCUUGCAUAAUGUAUUGUUUGAAGCAUAACAAUAAACUA